UUGCAGAUUCAUCUGCGUCGCCCCGAGAACAGACGGUGUCGGCGAGUUGUGGAAUAACACAGCCUGAGAUUAUGGCCCAAAGCGAUUCGGAGGGUCUCCCUGAACUCUACGAGUUUGACGCCCCUUCCCACGUCAUCGACCUCCAAGAAUUGGAGAAUGCAGACAGCGACGAUAGGUGGUUUGAACAUCAGGCUGGGGGAGCUGAUGCUGACCUUGCUACACCUUUGAGAAAGCCCUUUAUGAGAAGCGACAUGCCCAGCCUGCCCAAAGCCAUUGUAACUCCUCAAGUCAAGACAGAUGUGGAUGCUGGUCCUGGUACAGCCACAUCUCCACCUCCAAACAUUGUCACAUCCUGGGGUGCUGAAACUCAGACUGAUGCCCAACCAAGGAGGAGGACUGCGAAUCAACCCCCUGUCCAACCACGCAGGGUUUCAAAACGUAAAGGGAUGCCCAGCACCUCAAUUCAACAACCAUCAGCUCAACCACCAUCAAAGAAACACAAAAUGAGUCCUGUUGCCCGACCAACUCGAAAAUCCACGAUGGUCCUCCGCAGGAGUGGGCUGCUGAAUUCCAGGAAGACACCCAAGGCCCGGGCGGCAGCUUCCAACACUGCAAACAGAGAGCAUGUUAGCUCUGAGGAGCAGGAGCUGGAGCGCAUCAGGAACCUCCAGAAGGAAGUGGCUCUGCAUCGCAAGAAGAACGAGGCCAGCUACAAAGCUGCCCUGGCUGGAAAUGCACCACUGAAGAAGACGGCCAUGUCCACAACUGUGCCUAAAGAGUUCCAUUUCAACACAGACACCCGUGUUAAGGCAACCACUUCAUCCAGUACAUCCCAAAAGGAAGUGGACUUCAUUAGUCAGCUUCGCAAACCUUCCUCCCCAGCAAAGACCAAGAAAGGUGCCACAGUUCCCAAACCCUUCAACCUGUCCACAGGCAACAAGAGGAAGAUGGAGGGGCCGGGCGCCUACGUGCCCAUGGCUCAGCAGAUAGCGCAGUUUCAGAAACGAACCCCCGACCGAUACCAUCUGCGAAGCCGCCAGAGCCAGGAGAGAGGGCCAUCCCCAGUGAAGGGUGACCACCUGAAGCUCACCCAGCCUCAUACCCCACACCUCAUGACCCGCCAGAGGAGCCGGCCACCCACUGUGAAGAGCAGUGCGGACCUGGAGGCUGAAGAGGUGGACAAACUGAACAAGUUUAAAUUCAAGGCCCUGGAGCUGAACAGGAAAAUACUGGAGAAUGUCCAGGACUUGAAGAAGCCAGCAGUGAAGGAGCCCACUGUACCUGAAGGCUUCGAGCUGCAGAUUGAAAAGAGGCUCCAGGGAAGGCAGGCUACCAAGAAGCCUCAGGAGGAUGAAGAGAAGCCACACAUCUUUAAACCACAGCCUCUGCCCAAAAAGAUCCUGGAAGGAGUAGUGGGAUUACCAGAGAAGAAAGUGCUGCAUCCAACUGUUCCAGAGUCUCCAGCUUUUGCGCUGAAGAAGAGAGUUCGUGUGGAUCGCAAGGUCGAGGAAGAAAAACAGCCAUCACCAGUGAAGCCCCCGCCAGUGCCUCACUUCGGCCUCCCCUUCCAGCCCCGGCUCCCAGAGAACCGCCACGUGGAGGUCUGUCCCUUCUCCUUUGAAGAGAGGGAGCGAGAGAGGAGGGCACUGAAAGAGAAGAGGCUGGAGGACAAGCGAAAUGAAGAGGUUCCACAGUUCAAGGCUCAGCCACUGCCAGACUUUGACGCUGUGGUCCUUCCUGAGAAGAAGAAGCUGGAGCCCACAAAGCCUGAGCCCUUCAGGAUGCUCCUGGAUGAACGUGGUGCUGUGAAGAACAGUCGCUGGGAACAGAUGGUGAAAGAAGAGCAGAAACAACAGGAGGAAGCAGCAAUAUUCAAAGCCAGACCCAACACAGUCACUCACAAAGAGCCUUUCCAACCCAAGAAGGAGAGCCGGUCUGCAAUAGGCAUCAAUUCCUCCACAGUUGUCGAGGCCUUCGAGCUGUCAACAGAGCGAAGGGCCCGGGAGCGGCAGGAGUAUGAGCGAGUGGCUAGCGAGAAGGAGGCUCUCAGGGCGCUCAUGGAGGAGGAUCAGAGACGAGAGGAGGAGCAGAGACAGAGGGAUGAGAUCGCAAGGCUGCGGCAAGAACAGGUCCACAAGGCUCAGCCCAUCAGACACUACAAACCUGUAGCAGUGAAGAAGAGUGAGGUUCCCCUCACCGUCCCCCACUCACCAAAUUUCUCUGAUCGAUUCCGCCUGUGAUCAACCUCUCGUGCUCCUGUGUAUAUACCUGCAUCUUUUACUACUUCAGAUGUUUGGUUGAGUUUUGACAUCAUGAGGUGUUUGUCAGUAGAACACUGGCUUUAAUGUUGUAAAUAGACUUGUGUAUUUCAAAUGACUGAAGUUCUGUUUUUACUAUUUCAUGUUGAGCUUUAGAUUUUAACUGUGCUGAAUAAUCUUUCUCUUCCUGCUAUAUUAACUUUUAAUAAAGGUUAUGAA